AUGAGCCCGGCAACAUCUUACACUCUGCGCCCUCUGGAGCGCAACCCUCCGAGCAUUCCCAGUAACGCACUCGAGGGCGGCGCCUUCCGUAUUCAUUUAUCACAGAAAGAGCUGAAAACGUUGGGGCUUGUUAAUGGCGAUUGUGUACGGCUGAGUACUGCUGCCGGUUUCAAAGGCUAUGGAGUGGCUUGGCUAGCCUCGCAGACAAAUCCUGGCAACAAGCCAAUCGCCAAGGUGUCUGAUCUUCUGCGAGAGCAAUACGACCUCUCGCUUAACGAUCCCGUCUUCAUCGAGAAGGUAGACUCCUGGAAGCCUCUCAAAUCCAUAGAGAUCAGUCUCGCAGAUGCACCAAAUCAAACUGCCAAGUUUAGCUCGAAUGAGCAACUUUUGUAUUGGCUACGACACACUUUAGUGGACUCUGACAUCAUUCUUCCGGGAUGCAGUUUUCCAGUUCAGCAAAAAGGCUUCAAGCAAAAGAGCCAGAAGUUGCGUGUCACUGUGCAGAACAUUGAUCCGCUGCCAACUGAGAAGUACGCGACAUACUUCGACGAACUUACUACUGAAGUCACUACCACGGGUGAUAUCCCUACUCAACAGACCCCGAGAGCUUCUAAGCAGAUUCUCCAGGGUACAGGCAAAAGUCUUCUACUAGAACGGCUAGCGGAAUGCCCAUGGCAAGAAGUUUACCGAGUAGAUCCAGACACGCAUCCAAAAGGACAAGCCAAGGCAAUAUCCGAUGCUUUUGAGGACGCUCGUGACAACCAACCGAGCUUGAUCAUAAUGGAUAAUCUCGACAGGUUUCUCGAAAAAGCUGAGACACUUGUAAACAGGCUGCGGGAAGAGUUGGCCAAGCUGGGCGGUAGCCAAGUGGUCGUCGCAGCAGCAGCGCGUAGCAUAUACGAUGUUGAUACCAGACUUCGAUCACCGUCAGCUUUCAAAACGAAGCUAGAGCUCUUUCCACCCAACACCACUCAGCGGGAAGAUAUUCUCCGACAAAUUUUGGGCACUACGAGCAAACUUGGAGACCUUGACUUCCCAUCGCUGGCAGAGCGCACACACGGUUUCGUCGGACGCGACAUCCACGAUCUGUGUCUUCUCGCCCGAGACCGACGCGAACAACAGAUGGAUGAGACGAUAAGCGAGGAAGAAAAGACCACCUUUGGCGAGAAGCUUGAGCAAACAGACUAUGUUUGUCAGGAAGAUUUCGAUGCCGUAUUCGGAGAAGUACAACCGACGGUCCUCAAAGAUAGCAUUCUAGAAGUGCCCAAGGUUCGAUGGACAGAUAUCGCUGGUCUGGAUCACGUUCGCGCUGUACUUGAAGCCAUUACUAUUCGCCCAUUUAAGUAUCCCGACCUCGACAUCAAAUUCGGUGGCCCUCAAUCCCGAAAAGGCGUUCUACUCUAUGGCCCCCCCGGUUGCGCAAAGACCCUGAUCGCACAAGCCGUUGCAACGGAGAGUAAACAAAACUUCCUCGCAGUCAAAGGCUCUGAACUCAUCAAGAUGUAUGUGGGCGAGUCCGAGCGAGCUAUCCGGGAUGUGUUCCGUAGAGCACGCGCAGCAAAGCCGUGCAUCAUCUUCUUCGACGAAAUCGACUCCAUCGGCAAGUCGCGCGAAAAGACACAGGAUAGCGGUCUCAAUGUCGUUACAACGCUGCUGAACGAGAUGGAUGGUAUUGAAGCACUCAAGGAUGUGUUCAUCAUCGGCGCGACCAAUCGGCCUGACAUUCUCGACUCGGCGCUCAUCCGUACCGGGCGUUUCGACGCACACAUCCACAUCGGCCUCCCAACUGAAGAAGCGCGGAAGCAGAUUCUCCAAAUCCAUACGCGGAAGCGACCGCUCGCAGAGGACGUCGAUCUCGAUGUUGUUGCCAAGAAGACAGACGGGAGCAGUGGAGCAGACAUCAGUGGAUUGUGCGCUGUUGCUAUCGAGUUGGCGAUCACGGAUUACACAAUGGAUCCCAAUAGCGAGCCGAGAGUGUACAUGCGACAUUUUGAGCAAGCGCUGCAGCAACACGUCCCACAUACCAUUGCGGAUGAAGCCGAACGGUACAAGAACUGGCGGCCAGGCACGUCGCUGUCGGAGCCGUCGAAGUCGGAGAAAUAA